CGGCACUGUCACGUCACACAUUGCUCAGCAGAAGAGCCGCCCCACGAACCUUACGGCCGCUGCAGAUGUGUAGCCCGGGGAUUAACCGAGGAAACGCGGACUGGUAAAUCAAUGGAAAACACACAACGUCAUGAAAGAUAUUGACACUGUGGGGGGUGAGAAAGAUGAGAAUUGUGACGAAAAUGAAGAGGAGGCUCCAAUGAGGCGUAGUUUCUCGGUAGAAGACCUCCUCGAGGAGGUGGAGAAGAUCUGUUACGAUGCCUCGGGGACAUCAAAGGUGGAGAUGGUGGUGAGGCUGUGGAAGGAUGGCUUCACUGUAAAUGAUCAGGAGUUCCGCAGCUACUCCGUACCAGAGAAUCAAGACUUCCUGGACUCCAUCAAAAGGGGGGAGCUUCCGAAAGAGUGGGAGAGUAGAGCGGAGGAGGAGGAGCUGGAGAUCAGUGUGGAGGAUCUGACAGAAGAAAACUACGUUCCCAGGAAAAAGGCCUUUCACCCCUUCAGUGGCCGAGGGUACCGACUUGGCAGUGUGGCGCCCAGAGUAGUGGCCAGGUCACCAUCUGUACACGAGGACGGAGAAUCUCCUCCUAUUCCCAUGGUAACACUAGACCACGCCCUUCCUGUUACCGCCCUGCAGAUCUGGUUGGCUGACGGCAGGAGAUUGGUGCAGAGGUUCAACCUAAAGCAUCGGAUCGCCGAUGUUCAAGAUUUCGUGGCGCGCUGCCAGAGGAGCUGCCCGCCUUUCGUCCUGACGACGUCCGUUCCUUUCCGGGAACUCAACGACAAAGAAUUGAGUCUAGAAGAGGCCGACUUGGCCACCGCCGUCAUCGUCCAGAGACCUCUGGACACACAGGCUCCAUUUGGACACUCCUGACUAAAAGGGGCCCCCCUGUAAUGCCCACAACACACCCCUUAACCCCUUUACUGACACCUCACCAAGACCCUGAUUGCAGUCUCAAGGCCCCCUGUAACUUAUAAUAUUGCUUUAUUCUAAAGUUUGCCUGGAUUCUAUGAUUGACAUAUUUAAAUCUCCAUGUGGGCUUAUCUACAGCCUAAUGGAGAGAUUGUCAGUUUGUUUGUUGUCAGUGCUUUUUUUGUCUUCUUCCUCUGGAGGACAGCGUUUACCUGCCAACAGAUCUCCCAAAACCCCCAAACUCAAGAGAGGCAAACGGAUUCUGUCGCCCGUGCAGAUGUGUCCAUCUGUUGCUCUACCACAUGUUACCCUCCCUCCUCCCCUCACACACACAUGCACAAUACCUUCACCACCAGCACCACCGACCACCUCUCUUACGUCUUCCCAAACUGUGAUCACCAGUUUUUCUGCACUUACAGUAAAAGAAAUAAAUGAAUAAGGGGCUGAUAUUUACAUUUGUAUCUCUGAGUUUACAAUUACAUUUAAUAAACAUAUGUUUGCACAUUAUUGGGAUUUAAAAGGGGGAAAGAUGACAGCUUGUUACUGUUAUAUGAGUUGGCCUGACUGCUGAGGUCUAUAUUUUUUCUUUUACCAUUUUUGUGCUUUUGUUCAUUAUUUAAUUCAGAAUGCACAAUGCAUUGUUUUAUUUGACUGCAUCCUUUCAAAACAUAUCAAGGUACAAUAAAAAUCCUCAAAAGUUCUGCAAA